AUGUGGCAGCGUGUCUUGCAAGACAGUUUCUACUCAGCAUAACAUUCUGUUUGUGAAGUCUUUGGCGAGACUAGUGUACUCAUUUGCAGCUUUCACAUGAGAGAUGAUGACCUGAGAUGCGCCACCCUGCUCUCCAUCUACCUUUACCAAGCACAGAUAUCUGAACCACAGACUUCAUCAGACUUGACGUCGGAGAUUUGUAUGGCUUUAGCUGUUAACCACUUAAGAGAUGAAGUAAAUCCCCAAACUCAAGGACCUUAUGAGGUAAGGGGUGUCUUAAGACUUCUAUCCCAUGUUAGUUAUCCCUACAGUCCUCCUGCAACAGAAAUCAUGGCAGAUAUUUUCUGGACUGAAGGAAUCUCCAAUGAGACAGUUGCCAAUGCCAGUUCAGAAUUCAGCUUGGAAGCAGACUUCCAGUAUCCCCUUGUCAUCUACAGCGUUGUCUUCGUGCUGGGACUAAUAGAAAAUGUCUUAGCUCUGUACCUCUUGUCCUGCAAAGUAAAGCACAUUUCUCAUUCCUAUGUAUACAUGAUUAACCUGGCCAUAGCAGACACCUCGUUUGUUUGUGUGUUGCCUUUUAAAAUUCAUUACCACCUGAAUCAGAACAAUUGGAUCUUUGGUGACAUGGCUUGUAGGAUAACUGGGACUUUGUACUAUAUCAACAUCUAUAUGAGCAUUGCCUUUUUCACCUGCAUUUGUGUCGAUCGCUACAUUGCAGUGUUGCACCCCUUUACAUACAUCCAGAUCAAAGUCACUCAUUAUGUGAUGGUAGUCACAAUCCUUUGGAUGGUAGCUGUAAGUGUCACAGUUCCACUCAUCCUUGGAGGUCCCCUUCACAACAAUGGUGUAGGGAACAAAACAGCAUGUUUUGAGAACUUCACUACCAGUAGCUGGACUUAUCACAUGGCAUCGUACAACAUCCUGGCCUUAGUUUUUGGUUUUGUGAUUCCAUUUUCCAUCAUUAUGAUCAGCUACCCUCUCAUUGCCAAGAGGAUCUCCCAGAUCAAACACAACAUUCACAAGAAGAAAGCUCUGCGCACUAUCUACAUCAUCUUGUUGAUUUGCACCUUCUGCUUUCUCCCAUAUCAUCUCACUCACUUGCUCCACUUUUUAAUGAGAAUCCAGGUCAUCCAGAAUGAGCCAUUUACCAACCUGAUCUACAAAAUGGAAAGGGUCACCUUAACUCUGGUCAGUUUCAACUGUUGCUUCAACCCACUCUUGUACUACUUCACCUCUUCCAAUAAACAAUGGCACUUCAACUUCAAGCUCAGAUUCAGGUCUAAAAUAGUGUACACAAUCUGUGACCAGAAAUUCGGGGACUACUCUUAUAUUUAUAAGCUAGAACAGAGACAUGGAAAUAACAACCACGGAGAUGGAAUCUACUCAUCUACUUAAAGUAAGUACGACAUUCAUCUUUUCAACUGUUGCUCUGAAAUCAAACCUUUGAAACCUAUCCCUCUUUGAUACAGUGAUAACAUUAAGGGCAUGCUCUAAGGAAAUGUCUAGCAGCUAUGUAUUACUGUUAUUAGCCAGCUAGGACUGUACUUGGGGGAGCUGCACUUUCCUGUAGUCCUAGAUAGAUAGCAUGUGGUGAAAACAUGUUGUGUGUAUGUACAGUUGUGUUUUGGCCUCCUUUUGUUUACUUUUGGGGUUGGUAGGUGAACCCAGGGUUCCCUUCUGGAAACCAGGAAAGGUUUACUUGAAAGAAACUAGCCUCCUAAUUGACUACAACACUGGAAGCUGAGUCACUCAUGGCACUCCUGCCUGGCUUUUCCCUUUUUUGGAGAGAUCCUGUGUUUUUUCCCUGGGCGCAAGCUCUAGUCGGCUGCAUUCUCAUACUGCUUUCUGACUACAUUCCACAACCAAAUAAGGGCUUCUCAUCCCUUCUUGUGAAUCAAUUGAUUGACUUCCUGAGGAGUAUUUGAGUACAGGCUUUCUAGCAUCUUAUGCCUAUGGAUUCAGGCUCAGCAGUUAAUAACUUAGUUUCAAAAGAUAAUGAAUAGAUCCAAGUAUUUCUCAGUUAACACCAUGUUCAUACAAAAGCCACUCCCCUUCAACCUGAGUUCCUGCAGGACCUGUGUAAACAAGUAUUGGCUGCUCUCUCAUUGAGGCACGUUUUGGUGGGAGCUGGCUGAACUCCUUACACGGUGCAGUCUGGUUCAUGUGUCAAAGCCCUUUUUACAGUGAUUGUGUUAUAUCACUAAAAAUACCUAAACCAACUUCAUCCCUCCUCUUGUAUUAACAGAACACCCAACUUCUGAGACUGGUUCAGGCUUCCACCCUAUGAACAUAAGACUAUUCCAUCAUGACGUUGGAGCGAAUUUAUCAUUUGUGGGUUAUCAGAGCUACCAGAAAGCCACUGACCUAGCUGAAGAACCUGCUUAAAAGCCAAUGGUUUACUUAGAGGACACUAUUUUGGUAACAGAGACAUAGAUUCACUACUUUCCUCUACCCUGUGCCACCUACAAACAUAUAAAAUGCACAUGUAUGAUUGGCCUCCUGGCAUACAAGACAGGGGCUUGUGUAAAGGGGAACAAGAUGUGUCUAACGGUGGCAGUGCUAAAUCAGUAUUUCAGUUCAAUGUGCAAAACAGACUAGAAGCCACACUUUCAUCUGGCGCUCUGCAGCAUGUCACCAGGGUGCCCAUUUUAUGCUGUGCUAUUGGACUUGGAACAAGAAAUGACAUGGAUCGUAAGGAGGUAGGAGUGGGAUUACUGUGGCAGGAAGGUGUGGGGACCUAAGUGAUAAUAGGUCUCUGCAGGAUGUGGUAGCUUUUUUUGCUCAAAGAUGGACAUUGCAGCUUCUGCCCCUAUUCAGCUAACGGUUUGGCAGCAGCUGAUGCCAGAGUCUACUUACUGGUUAAUGACAGGAGAUAAGAGGUUUGGAAAAUGAGUGUGGUAAUAGCGGUAUGUUGUGGUCUUGGUUAGGGGAAAAGAAACAUGCAGUAGGAUGGAAAGCAAGAUGGGAAGCAAGGGGCUUGAAUUUGGGAGGCUAUAUUGAUCAGUUAAAGCCUUCAAUAACUCAUCCUAGCAACCUGAGUUAUACAUGCAGCAAGCGAAGCAAGAGUAGGUCUGAAAUGACUAUAAUACAGCUAGAGCUUUGUACUAAUGGCUUUUGUGUGCAGUAUUAAAUUUCUUAGGAUAAGCCUGACUUGCAUGAGUUAUUGCCAUGUGCAAUUUGAAUCAUGUAUUAAAUGGACUUCUAUUACUCAUGAUGGUACAGCCAUUGACUGGCCUAUUCCAUAUGCAACAACAGAACUGGAGUGAGUCCUCUCUGUCUCUGUAUCUUGCUCUUAGCUUGCAGGUGUUUUUUAAAUGUCUGUGAGAAAAGCUGCUCAGCCUCUUAAAAUAUUGUUAAUGAUGAUUCUUGUGUUCCUCUGCUUGACUGGGCUUGGUAAGACCUUAGACAGUCUUUGUACUUUGAGAAUUUGUAAAAUGGAGCUGAUGACAGCCUCUGAGGUAGUAUUAUGACAAACUAAUCAUUUACCUUUCAAAAGAGACUGUUAUUUUUUGCCCCAUUCAUAGGCUAUGGAAGAGCUGCUCAGCCCUGAAGGGACUGUUUUCUCUGCAACUGAGCACAAUGUUAAUGCUAUGGACAGAGGAGGAAAUAUUUCCCUUAGACACCCCAUCUGGGAGUGUGGCUUUUCUUCAGGUCUGUGAGCUGUUGUUGAAGGAUGUAUGCAUAUAGUAUAAUGGGUAAUAAAAGCUAAGCUGCAGGGUAAAUAGCAUGUCCUGCUGCCUACAUUGAACUUGUACUUUGCAUUUUAAUUCUGAAAGGGUUAUAGUAGCUUUCAAAGCUUCUUGUUUUGACCCCUCAGGCCUACUCCUAGUUCUGACUUAUAUUCUCUGUAGGGUUAUCACUGAUACUAACUUUUCAUAAGAAGUCAGCUGAAUACCCCUGCUCACAAAUCUGAAAGACUCCAAGUGAGCUGUUUUGUCCCAGCACAGAGUCCCAGGAACAAGUUCAGGGCAGGACUGUAGUUGGUGCAUGGCUGCUGAUACUACUCAUUUUUAUGAACAAACUGAAAGCCUAGAGGUUGCACAGAAAAGACCUGUUAGUAUAGAAUGGCACUGCUAAGGUUUUAAAGAAAAUGAGCUGUGCAAGUAGAAGAAUGCUGAAUAUCUCUUAUCUUACUGUGUAAGCAUCUCAAAGCUUGUUCCUCAGGGCUCUUUUAAAAACAGGCUGCAGUGACUCCUGGGCAGAUUUCUCUGGAAGACGACUACAGCAUUGCUGAACAGUAGUCCCAUAUACACUCUCACUGCAGCUAUUGGACAAACAUUUUAAUUCCUGUAUUAAAAGGAAACCAGCAACCUGUAGGUACUAUGUCUAGCCUUAGUUUUCCAUUUAUGACGAUGUAAACAAAAUAAAAUCUAAAUCCCUCUGAAGCGCCACCGUGCCUCUUGCUCUGUUGUUCAAGAUGUACUCUGUGGCAGUCCCUUUUUCAGCAGGGAUGUGAGAUAGCUGCCUAGCUCUUCAUCCUAGAGGUAAAAGAGAAACAAGAAUGUUGCUGAAAGCAACAUUUCAUUUGACUCUUUCGCAUUUGGGGCAAGAAAUUAGACUCUGCUACCUGGAAACAGAGUGAAAUAAUCCUUGGACCCAGCAAAAUUUAAUGUCAGCAGUGUUCAAAUACAGAAAUCAAUUUGGUUAGUUAGCACAAACCCAGUUCUGGGUGUUCUUUCAAAAUAUCAGUGUAAAACUACCCUUUGUCAAAGAAGGUGUCUAGACCUCUCUGAGGUGUCUCUUUUGAAGCAAAGAAUAAAGAACUAUUGAUUUUUUUUUUUUUUUUUUUUUUUUUUGCUUUGCCCUCAGGAAGACAUUUCCUUGCUCUAAAGAAAGCAUUUAAGUAGUACAGACAUACAAUAUAUACUCUUGAAAGCAAGAAAAUAAAACUACUACAUCUGAUCUUACCACAAUUCUGCUUUAGCUAGCUUUCUGCUUGUUGUUUAAGUUUCACACCUACCUUACAAAAUACCCCUACACUCAGCAGUGAUACAGCUGAGAUUUAGAAGCUUGUUACUAUAGUGUCAUCAAAACACAGAUGAUAUUACACUACUGUGUAAUUGCUCCAGACCAGUUGCCUUGAGUUCAGUAGUCUCAGAGAAAACUGACUCAAUUGAACCCUGUAAAAUGAUUUGUACUAAAGCUAAAGUGAUAUAAAGAAAAGGGCAGGGGCUCACCAUCUUCUUUGAGUCAAACUACUUCAAAGAGAGUGAUGAAAACUCACCCUUACAGUAACAAUCCACACUGCAGGCCAGUUUCAGAAUGUCAGAAGUUAAGACGAGUUGGGAGUUGCUUGAAAAGCAUGUUUCUAAGUAUUCCUACCUGGUAAGUCCAGGAUACAAGCAAGACUUUUGUUCCUUGAUCCUCUGAAUGUGCUGUAGCUUGGAUAAGAAUGGACUCUACUGUUAUAGAUCCAUCAGGGAGAUGCUGAACUGAAUAAUCCUUCAGGACCCUGGUAAGAGAGAAGGUAUAUGAUUUAUUUGGGAGGGGAUAAACACACAAGCUGAAGGCUGGUUGGCUCUCUGAAUCUUGGAAUCCCCAAUAGCCAUGUGUUGUUACUACUUUUAGCUGCAUCUCUGAGCCAGCACCUACUGUCCAAGAAAAGCAGAAUGGACCUUAUUCAUAGCUUGCUUAUUCUGGUGUUUAUACUAGUCAUGAGAGGGCCAGACAUUUCCUACAGCGUUCCAUUUCAGGCUUUCCUAACAGCUAGAGCUCCAGUCUGAGACCCUAUUCAUCUGAGUAAAGCACUACUCUUGGACUAGACCAGCUGCCUUUAGGACAAAAAAAAAAUAUUUUUAAGUUUUAACUGCUACCAACUUUUGAAUAGGUUUUAAGGGGUGUCUUGACCCCUAUGCCUGAUGGUCUCACUCUGAACUAACAUCUGAACUAACUUUAGCUAGAAGCAGCAGUGACAGUAGCAAACCCACAGGAAAGAUUUCAGUUGGCUUGCACAAGCUUGACAAAGACCAUGGGCAUGUAUGGUGAUUACCAACCUCUGCUACUGCAGUGUAAUCACUACUUGGUUAUUUUAGCUAAAUAGACUGAAAUCUAGAGCAGUUGAGUUUUCUGGGCUGCAGUUUUCCUCCUCUGUCCCAUUGCAAUGUGGCAAGUUUCCUUAACUCUAUAUAGCUGCUCUAGAAUGGCAGGAAGGAGGGGGCACUUGUACUACCUAUGUUAAGAAUGAUAUGCUCCAGUUCAUGUCUGGUAGGAAAAGCCAAACACAGCCAAGAAUGGACUUACGCUUUCAGAUGGUUGUAUACACGAAGCACUGUCUCAUGUUCCUUCCGGGGAUCCUGAAUGUGAACGCGGCAGGUGAAACGCAACUGAUGUUCUGCAAGGCCCAGCUCUUUCAGGGCCUGCUCUGGAGAAACCAGACGGAAGCUCUGGAGAGGAAAAGUACAAAUCCAUUAGAAGCUAUUUCUCUUUGCCCAUUCUUUUGAUGUUUUAUUCCUCCUCCGUGGUCAGCUGGACAUAGCUAUGUGUUCAUCACUGCAAAACUCCUGCAGGUAAGAUCAUCACUUUUCAAUCUUUGAAAUGUCUCAGCACAUUCAGUUACUACUGCAAACAGUAGCAGCUAGGUGUGAGUGUGUGCAGGAUAGCAGAAAAGGAGGGAAGGCUGGAGCAAAUAUCCAGAUAAAUGGUCAUACUGUUUCCUUAUUUCCCGAAACUGCAUAUAUCAAAGUUGCUUUCUGAAUACAAGUUGGUUUAACCUCUUUUUAUCACACAAAUGAUUUGCUCAAAUACGAACAUUAGGCUACAGAGUUAAGUACUCCUUCCUUGGCACCUUUCAGUCCUUGCUCAACAUGAGUCUACCAACAACAGGUUGCUUCUUGAUUCUUUUGCUUUUUGCAGGCAUGGUGAAUCAUAAACACCUUGGAUUCAUGGGCUGAAAACCACAGCUUCCUUAGAGUGUCCUCAGUUGUACCCAGGAGGUGGCAGGGGGCCAAGGCAAAAAAACAACAGAUUUUGAAAAGUAGCAGCUCUUCAGUCUGAUCAGUUGUUUACUCUGACUUAGCAUUCAUGAGACUGACCAGUAAAAAGUCUAUCAUCACAACACCCUGCUGAUAAAUAGCAAGAUACUAAUUCUCAAGUUGUGUGACUGAUGAAGAUUGUCAAUCGGGCAGCUGACAAUCUGGAGAGUCUUUCUUGCAGACUAACCCACUCACAGGCCUGCAGGAUCAGCUGUUGCUGGGGCUCCUUCCAAGAAACUAGGACUACAUACCUUUAGUUUGCUUCUUUGUUCACCUAGACCUUGCUUGUGAAUGACAACAUACUCAUACAGAGGGCAACAUGUGUAAGAACUUUUUUACUUACAUUGUCCUUCAUAAUUAAUGUGCCAUGCAUGAGCUUUGGCUUCUUGACAUCUGGUAAGAGACCUAAACCAAAGCCAGCAGAACAGAAAGACAACAGGGUUAAUGAUACUGUGCAUACUUUUUACACCUGUAAGAUUACUUUAGGACUUAACAGAUUAGAUUUUCAAGGGAAAUAAGGGUUGUACAUCCUUCCACUGAGGUAUGAUAGGUUCAGAGGCUAUGAUUUUACAUUUUCAUUCUCCUGUUACUUAAAAACAAAGUACAUGGUGUUUAAACCACUAUCAAUGCUCUAGAAGUACAGGAAACAAUGCUCGGUAAUCUAGAAUAACUGCCUCUCUUUUCCCAUAUUACUUCUUGAUUUGAGAAAUUCUAGAUUUUUCUUAAAUUUGGGUUUAAAAAAGCAAUUCCAGUUUUCACACAACUAGUUAGUAAAAGCAUAUGUGGACUUUGUUUACAUAGUGAAUGGGUGACAGAUAACAAAGCAGUUUUAACUAAAGUUUUAACUAAACUUUUACUAAACAAAUGAAUGCUAAUUAUUGAAUAUACAUUCACAGCACAGUAGUCACUUCAUUUCACAGGAAGCCCUUCUCAACCACUAAACACUGAUAAAGCAUGUUCUUACACAGGAAGCACUGCUAUAAGUCACUAUUUCUACAAAUGGCCCUGCAACACUGUCUCUACGUAGUGCAAACACUAUACAAAUAACUUCAGUACAACGAUAGGGCCCAAAAGAUGAAAAUCUUUGUUGAAAAUGCAUCACCUAUUGCUGUUUCUCUCUUCAAGAGUCCCAGGGAUAUGUCCACUGGAAUGCUAGGAUUGGUGAAUAUUGUUGUUGUCUCUCCAUUUGCAGGCAUGUAACAGUUCACAUCUGCAGUGUAAACAGUCAGUGUUGGAAGGACUUAAAGGCACAUCUCCCAUCCCAGGCCAUUGUUUCACCCACAAGCAGCAUGUAAGCAGCCCAAAAGUGGACUGUGAUAUGAUUUUGGCAGAAGCCCUGUUUAGGACAGGAAGUGAAUAAUAGCAAUCUGCUGAAACUUAAAACAGGGAUUUUAAAGAGGCUGGAGAGUAGAGUUGCUGCAGGAGCCAAAGACUGACAACCUUACCAGUACAGUCAAAAACCUGAUGGCACUGACCAAAAGUAGCCAUGACUAUUGUAGCCAUGACUAUUUUUAGACCUCUCAUGCAGAAGGCAAUGUAGACACUCUCAGAACAGCAGCAGUACCUACUGACCCAGCUAUGCUUAACUGGAAAACCUCCUUGUGAGGGGGGAACAAGAUCACAGUUCGCAACAAAAAUGUUUGCGACCUGAUGUGCCUAACAAGUUACUGCAGAGAAAUCUGCAGCCAGUAAGUAAACAUCCAAUGUAAAUUCUGUGCUUUCUCCACUCAUCUUUUAAGUCAGCUGCUUUUUAAGAGUUCAUUUUCUCUUUUGGAGCUCAUUCCCAGUAACUGAAGUUGUUAACUUAGGGGGGAAAAUAUCCAAAAUUCUACCUGCCUCUGCUUCUUUUAGGAGUCCAAAGAAAUAUAAAUUCAGUAAAUACUGUAAAUAUCAGAACCACUUGAAAUGUUCUUAAAAACUAAAAAAAAGAUGGUUUUAAACAGGGGCUGCUCUUUAUGUUACAGGCAUUAAUUUCUGACUUGAAGGUGGCUGAUCGAGGGAACUGUAAGUAACCCUAGUCCAUUAGGCAGUGUAGUUAGGCAUAAAGUACAUGAACUUGAAGUCUUCCUUCUACUGCCAUUUUCUCCCCAGUACCAACAGGGUACAUACGAAAUUCCUGUUCAAUUUUCUGCUUCAGGAACUCCAUUUUCUUUGCUUCACCAUGGACCAGGAGAACAUUUUGUGGCUCAGCCUGGCGAAUCAGCUGCAUUAUUCCCUUGGCAUCAGCAUGGGCACUGAAGGACAUGUACUCCACCUGCAUCUUCACCUCCAGCUGCAGGGGGAAAAAAGCACAGGCUUCCUGAAUCAGGAAACACUUAGACCCCCUGCAGCUUAUAAACCACACAGGAACCAACCCAGACCCUGACCUCUCCAAAUUUGUUUCAGAGAAGGAAGCAGAACACUAAAUUAGAAAAUGAGGUUGGUGAGAUAGCUGCUUAGCAACAGAGACUGAAUAUGUUGCUGUAUAGAAAAGCACUCAAACUCUGCAGGAUCAGACUGCACAGUUUUAGAGCACAGUUCUCGUCUCACAUUUGCAAAAACAAAUCAAUACUUAGGACAUUUAUUACCCGUUUUAAUAUCCCCCUCAGUAUGAAACUGUAUCACUGUUACCUAUCUGACUAACAGGGAUCUACUUAUUAAACAGCAUUAUACAUGGUCCCCUGACAAAGUCUAGUAGCAUAUGUCCAAUGAAUUACAAAGCAAUGAAAUGGCAGGAAGAGACAUGCUAUUGCCAAAACAAAGGGAAAAAAAUAACUAGUCCAGCUCACUCUGAUGAAAAUGUUACUUGGGUAUUCUCAAUGAUACACACUGCAUAUUCCCAUUACAAGUACAUGGUGUCUUAACUAUCAUGUAAAGGUGUAAAGAGCCUCCCCAAAAUGAUCUUCCUUGCUAAGAAGAAAACUCACUAUUUGUCGUCCUUCCAUUUCCAGCUUGCGCUGUCCACUCAGAAUCUUAUGGCCUACAGUUCCUUGCACGCAGUAGCCUGGCAUGAUGACCUGAGAAGAAAACCAGAGAAGUCUGCAUAUAGAUACAUGUAGGAUAGUUGCUGUUAACAUAAAAAUACCACACAUGCAUAAUGCUGAUGUAAGAUUCUGUUCUUCCCCUCUCACAUACUAUCAUCCUUUGCUGGAAAGUUACUUAGUCCAUUCUGUUUGCCCCCUUCUGCAGCUUGUGGAGUGAACACCCAACUACAGAACACAUGCAAGGAUGAAAUUAGAAAGUGAAUUGCUGAAAUCUGUGCACCACUCACUAUGAAUUAUUGCUAGUUACCAGUGGCUUCUAAGCAGCUUCAAAAGAGCGAAAGCACUUUUUAAAACAAAAUCUCCCACCGCCUCAUCUGAUGCAGGUACCUCCAGUGCUUACCCUGUCACACACAGUAGAAGACAAAACUUAGAGCUUGAAAGAGCUCUAGGCUGGGUUGUUCCAUGGGAGGAUCCCUGUCACUUAACCCCAGACACUCAGGAAAAGCUUUCCUGAAAACACUGUUCUUACAGCUGCAUCAGUAACACUAUCACAUUAACAAAAAUAAAAAAAAAUUACUUAGGGCAAUGGAAUUGCUUACCAUGUUUUUUUCAUUCCCUGCCCAUUUCCUGAAGAUCUGAAGGGAUUGUCCUGCAUGAAGCAUUCCAGGGGUUGCGAACACAACCUAGAGUUCAAAGAUGUGUCAAGAUUCUUCUUUCAAAUACCUCCCAAUACCAAUCAAAAAACAAAAUCAGCAAUAAAAGAUUGUGUUGUAAAGGA